AGACAUUAAGCGCAGCAUCCGAAAGUGGAAUUGGGCGUAAUCUGUAAUUAGAUCCUUAUUGGAUUUAGAUCCUCCAAUUUGGAGAGGUGGGAGGACGCAAGGAAAUGGCGACUCCCGGCGAGAACGAUCAACAGUCGAGGAAGAGGAAGAAGAAGACGGCGGUCGGCAAGGAGAUCGGCGGGAGGUGGCCGCCCGUCAAGCCCAAGAGGGAUCUCCAGAUCAACCGCCUUAAGGGCACCAACCUAUUCACGAUACCAAACUUCUUCACUACUUCUGAAUCAAAGGCCUUCGUUCGAGCUGCGGAGUCUAUUGGCUUUAUCCACCAAGGAAGCCUGGGUCCAGCCAAAGGUGAAGCCUAUAGGGAUAAUGAUCGGAUAUCAGUCACUGAUCAAGGACUUGCUGAAAGCAUAUGGCAGUCAGGCCUUAAAAGAAUAUUUGAUGAUAUUAAACUUCAGGGAAAAGUUGCUAUUGGUUUGAAUCCAAACAUUCGUUUCUACAGAUAUAAGGUGGGCCAGCGGUUUGGUCGACAUAUUGAUGAGAGUGUUGACCUUGGAGGAGGACACGUAACACAGUACACCUUAUUAGUAUAUCUCACUGGCAAGGGCAGCAACCACGACACGUCCAUGCAAUCUCUAGUCGGAGGGGAGACCGUCUUUUAUGAUCGAGGAAUCGUAGAGGAGGUUGCUCCAGAAGAGGGAAUGGCUCUGCUCCACAUUCAUGGAAGCAAAUGCAUGCUACAUGAAGCCCGUGUUGUUACAAAAAACGUCAAAUAUGUGUUGCGUUCCGAUGUGGUUUUUGCCUGAUGCAUCCAAAACUAGUCCCUUUGGAAGAGUGGUGAAACUGAGUCUUUUGAAGCUUCGGCAUGGUUUGCAGGAACAAACUCAAGUUGCUGUUAUAUUUAUUGAUCAUGCUUAUAUUGCCUACUGCAAGCGAGAGGAUCAUAACCUACCUACUGUCUAUCAGGCAUUGAGACCUGCGGCCAGGGGAUCCUUUUAAGAGUGGUGAUGUGGAAUGCAGAUUUAGAGAAAUGAAAUCUAAGCUGCCAUCAUGCGAUUGUACCCAACGAGACUUAUGCCCUUGGCAUUACGAUUGAUGUUUCUCUUGCACAACUUGAGUUUUACACUGUGUAACCUUGCAUGGAUAAGGAUUUUUUUUUAUCCCAA